AAACUUUUGGCAACGACUGUAUAUACUCCCUCUACCGUUUGUCUUUGUCGGUCAUUGUAAUUGUCUUCCUGAGCGGAAUCUCUCCUACUAUUUCCUGAGUACUUUUUAUUUUGCACUUUGGGUUCGCCUUGUGCCUUUUUGUUAAUGAAGAUAUAUUUUGAGCACAACAACUUUUGGGUUUCGUCCCGCUUUGAUCUAUGGUGCUUAAAUAAAUUCAGUAGUUCUAAACCUGCGACUGCCUACUCCCCUCUACACGAGUGACACAUAAUUUCUCUGUAUCCCAGAGAUUAUUUAAAACAUUGCAUCAAGUUUAUCAUGUAUUGACACUGAGAAUGUUUUAUUUCAUUUUAGCUACCCGGUCUUUAUAAUUCACCAAAUAAAAAAUGGUUCUGUUCUUGGACUGUUCUGGUUUUCUACAGUUUCCAGUAUUUGAGUGAAAUAUCAUAUUCUGCUGGCAGACGUUUGGAUUGAGUAAAUAUAACCAAAUGAGUUACUUGUUAUAAACUCAUUACAGAUCCAUCUCUAUGGAGUGGUUACAUGUUGACACAAACUACAAUCCCAUGUGAGCAUACACUAAGAUCUAUUUAGAGGCUAACAGGACAAGGUAUUGGAGCAGUAUCCCUCUGUCAAGCAAGAAAACAUUUCAUGGACCAAAGCUAAUUUCUUUCUUUCACGCAGAUGUCUAAUUUCCAGAUUUAAUCGGGAUCUUUAAUUUUUAAGAGUAAGAGUUUGAGGGAGGAUGUGAAUGUGUUUUAAAACUAUUCUUUAGUCUGAGCUAACACAGAAUCCAAAAAUGCACUCUUGCAUUCAUUCACAUAAAUACACACUCAAGCCUUGUAAGGACUAAGAAUUGCUGUAUUGACCAAAGAAAGAAAAUUAACAAAAGCUAUGGAGAACUCAACGCAGGUUGAAUUCUUUUAUCUAUGUGGCUUACAAGAGACAUUUAACAACAAAUCAGUCUAUUUUAUCUUGUGUCUUAUCACAUACCUUCUCAUCAUCACUGGGAAUCUGACUCUGAUCAUAACAAUCAUUCAGGAGAAAGGCCUCCAUGAGCCCAUGUAUAUCUUUCUGUGUAGUCUAUGUGUCAAUGGAUUGUACGGAACCACUGGUUUCUACCCCAAGUUCUUAUUGGACCUUCAGUCAGAUGUUCAGGUGAUAUCUUAUGGUGGAUGUUUGACUCAGGCCUAUGUAAUAUACACAUCUAUCAUGUGUGAAGUUUCGAUUCUAACAGUGAUGUCUUACGACAGGUAUGUGGCAAUAUCCAGACCAUUACUAUACCAUACCAUUGUGACAUCUUUAACUGUUAGAAAGUUACUCUUAUUGUCUUGGUGUUAUCCUUUAUUUAUAGCACUCAUAACAGUUAUUUUAACUGUCAGAAUUCCUUUGUGUGGAUCUCGCAUUGAUAAAAUCUUCUGUGACAAUCCGUCUAUAUUGAAGCAUUCAUGUUUACCCAUAACCAUCAAUCAUAUUUUGAGCUAUUGUAUAAUAGUGCUUCAUGUUUUACAGAUACUUUUCAUUGCCUUUUCUUACUGUCAGAUUGUAAGGACUUGUGUAAAGUCAGCUGAGGGAAGGAUUAAGUUCACACAGACAUGUGUGCCACAUUUAUUGACAAUGGUUAUUUUCAUCACAGUGACCCUGUUUGACAUUUUGCAAGGGUGGAAUAGUGAUGUUAAUAUUACACUAAAUAUGCGUAACGCAAUGGGUGUACAAUUCCUUGUUUUACCACCUGUCUUAAACCCUGUUAUAUAUGGACUUAAUCUCCAGCAGAUUCGAAGUGCAGUUUUUAAAAUGUGUAAUAAACAUAAAAUCUUUGAUAUGAGACGUUAGUUACAUGAUCUUACACAACAGGGAGACUUCCUGAUAUCAGAAGGUAAAAUCUGCCAAAACUGUUGCAAGGUUAAAUGGGCCCUCAUUUCUUGGUAUCUACUGCCCUCUUCUGGAAAAGUGAUUUACAAAUAUUCCAAGAAUAAUGUAAUUGUAGCACACUUCCUGAGCAGGAAAAUGCCUGAACACGUCCCAAAUGACACCAUAUUUCCUUUAGAGUGCACUACUUUUGACCAGAGCCAAAGUAGUGCACUAUUAAGGGAAUAGGGUGCAAUUGGUAGCAAAAAUAUAUUAUUCCUUAUGCAGUUACUCUUAAAUAUAUAUUUUCCCCACGGGGUGGUUUAUUGUUAGCACAGUAAAAAAAAAAAAAAUGUAUGUCAAUAAUUCUUGUGCUUACAGUUCUGUAAAAAUAGUUUUUUUUAAAUGUUAUUGAGUUGUGAUAACGCAUCUAUGUGCUUAUAGCCAGGCCUCUUCCUCACUGCAUCUCUCAAAAUAAAUGUAUA